AUGCCAUUUAUAGUUUUUAAAACAUUAAAAUUAGAUUUGUAACUUAUACUGUAUGUGUGCACAUUACAUACAUUACCGUGGAUGGACUCUGAGCGCCGCUGUUGAUACAUCACUGUUAGAAUGAAGCAAGGAGAGCAAUGUUCCUCCCCUCUAAUUCCACUCCGUCAUUUACUGCUAGAAACGACGACGAUCCGGGGUGUAUUUACGCAUUUCUCUUUUGCUUUUUUUGAGAUAAAACACCGUUACAUUUUCCAUAUGAGGAUAAAGUUCCUUUUUUCGAUUGAAAGAUAACUGCCUCUGCAUCUUUUGGAUUUAGUAAUGGCUUUUAUUUGGACAACCGCUUUCAGAAGCCGAUGGUUUGUACUGAUGGUUAUUCUUUGUCUCUCCACGGUGUGCUCAGUGACUGGACAGGCUCGGUAUUCUGUACCAGAGGAGCAGACAGAAGGGUCUUUCGUUGGAAAUAUUGCUAAAGACUUGGGCUUGGAUGUGUCACGGCUCAUUUCAGGGAAAGCUCGUAUUAUUACUAAAGGAAGCCGACAAUAUGUUGAUUUAAACCGAGACAAGGGGAUGCUUGUUAUUAAAGAGCGAAUCGAUCGAGAGGAGCUGUGUGGAAAGACGACGCCCUGUAGCUUUAGUUUUGAAGUCAUUUUGGAAAAUCCUAUCCAGCUUUACCGCGUAACAGUUGAAGUAACAGAUGUAAACGACAAUAGUCCAGUGUUCCCUAAGGAGGAGAUCUAUUUGAAGAUUGUUGAAAGCGUUGCAUCGGGGACUCGCUUUGCAUUAGAGAGUGCGGAUGACCCUGAUGUUGGAAUAAAUGAUAUUCAAAAGUACACACUUAAACCAUCAGAUCACUUUAGACUGGAAGUACAGAAUCAACCGGAUGGAGGGCAGUUUAUCGAAAUGGUUCUGAAAACCCCGUUAGAUCGAGAGAAAGAUGAGAGUCACACACUCAUCCUGAUCGCGUCAGAUGGAGGUACGCCACAGAGAUCAGGGACAGCACGUAUUCAGAUCACUGUAUUAGAUGCUAAUGAUAAUGCGCCGGUCUGUGGUAACAGUGUUUAUAAAGCAGAUGUCAGAGAGAAUUCUCCUGAAGGAACAGUUGUAACCACUGUUAGUGCAACUGACGCAGAUAAAGGAAUCAAUGGCGAGGUUACAUUUUCUAUAGCUCAUGUUGCUAAAGAGGCGAAGAAGCUUUUUGAAGUUAAUGAUAAAUCUGGAGAGAUUAAGGUUACAGGUAAAAUAGAUUUUGAAAAGUCUAAAACAUAUCAGUUAAAUGUCCAGGCUAGUGACCAUGGAGGGUAUACAGAUACCUGUAAAGUUAUCAUUCAAGUAAUAGACGUUAAUGAUAACUCCCCUACAAUACAGCUGAUGUCAUUUUCUAACACAAUACCCGAAGAUUCCCCUCCGGGUACAACUAUAGCUGUUGUAAAUGUGGAUGACGAAGACUCAGAGGGGAACGGUGUAGUUAAAUGUUCAAUUAACUCUGACGUACCCUUCAAAAUUGUCUCUUCUUUAUCUGGAUAUUACACUAUAGUAACCGACGACACUAUAGACAGAGAAAACAUUCCUGAAUAUAAUAUUACAAUCACAGUAUCUGACCAAGGCUCUCCACCCCUGUCCAGCAGUAAAACUAUAAAUGUUAAAGUUUCUGACGUGAAUGACAGCCCACCUAAAUUUGAUGAAUCAGAAUAUACGAAGACUGUAUCAGAAAAUAAUUCUCCAGGGUUUUCUGUAUUUGCUGUGAGUGCCACUGAUGCAGAUUCUGGUCAAAACGCUCGAAUUUCGUAUUUGCUGGAAGAGAGAGAAAUUAAUGGAGUAGCUCUUUCGUCGUUAGUAUCAGUAAAUUCAAACAGCGGUGUAAUUGUUGCAGUAAAAUCCUUCGAUUACGAGCAAAUCAAAUCGUUUGUAUUUAAUGUAACUGCUCGUGAUGCUGGAUCCCCUCCACUGAGCUCUGUGGCUACAAUUAAGAUAAUGAUCCAGGACCAGAACGACAACGCACCUCAGGUUCUGUACCCAGUCCAGACUGGUGGUUCUCUGGUGGCUGAAAUGGUGCCUCGCUCAGCAGAUGUAGGCUAUCUGGUCACUAAAGUGGUGGCUGUUGAUGUGGACUCUGGACAGAACGCCUGGCUCUCCUAUAAACUGCAGAAAGCCACAGACAGGGCGCUGUUUGAGGUGGGCUUACAGAAUGGAGAAGUAAGAACUAUCCGCCAAGUCACUGAUAAAGAUGCAGUCAAACAAAGACUGACUGUUAUAGUGGAGGACAACGGACAGCCCUCUCGUUCAGCUACAGUCAUUGUUAACGUGGCGGUGGCGGACAGCUUUCCUGAAGUGCUGUCUGAGUUCACUGACUUUACACACGACAAGGAGUACAAUGAGAACCUGACUUUUUACUUAGUGUUGGCUUUGGCUGUAGUUUCCUUCCUCUUCAUCACGUGUGUGGUGGUCAUUAUAUCAGUGAAAAUCUACAGAUGGAGACAGUCUCGCAUCCUGUAUCACUCCAAUCUGCCAGUGAUUCCAUAUUAUCCACCACGUUACUCAGACACUUUGGGGACAGGGACUCUCCCACACGUGUACAACUACGAGGUGUGCAGGACGACUGACUCCAGAAAGAGUGACUGUAAGUUUGGCAGAGCUGGUAGUCAGAACGUGCUGAUAAUGGACCCCAGUUCAACAGGGACGAUGCAGAGGAUACAGAGUGAAAAGAGCAUCCUGGAUGAACCAGACUCUCCUCUAGAGGUGAGUUUCCUUCCAGUGAUGAUGUGCAAUUAA